AUGUCUUAUGGGACAGAAACAGAAACAUAUAAAAAUAGCCCUGAAUGUGAUAUUACUCUUAAACAGUUUGAAAGUGUAAAUAGUGGAACCCCGACAUCUCAAUCGAUGAAUGAUUCACUAAAAAACCAACAAAUUAUACUUGCAUCGGACAAUCCUCUCAUGGCGAAAAUUCAAAAUAUAUUGAAAUUACAGUUGUUGAAACAAUCGGAAAACAUCAAAAGAGAAAUACAAACUCUUAGUAUGGUAGUUAAAGCCAAAGAGAAAGAAAAGUCUUCAACUAUUAGUCUGAUAAAUAAUGCAAACAGUCAAGUUGCAGCACAGCAAAACCUAUUGAGUGACUUCCACCGAAUGAAAGUAGAAUUGGAAACAGCAAACGAAAAGUUGGGAAAAAGUAUUGAACAGCAAAUACAACGUCAUAGAGUUUUAAAAAGUCAAAUAGAAUGCAGUCGUGAAUUUCUGAACGAACUUACCAAGCAUGAAAAAGAACAGGAAAUUUCAUUUAAUAGGUGUAGUCAAACGAAAUAUCAUACAAAACAGUAUAAGAAAAAAUUAUUAAACAAUCAGCAAAAACAGGACCUGUUGUUAUUGUCUCUAACUCAAGAAAAUCUUCGAUUGGAAGAUCGUAUUAAUCAAUUAGGUGAACAAGGAAAGGCCAAGUAUGAAGAAAGUGAACUACUGAGACAAAAACUUAUGGACAAUUCAAUAGGUCUUGAUGCCGUUAAUAAAGAUAACGCAGAAGAAGAAAAAAAUAAAUAUCAUAUAUUAUUAACAGAAUACUACAGUUACAAGCGCAGUUCACAAGUCGAAUGUAACAAACAUGAUGAAUUACUCCACUUUUUAAAUAAAUUUACUCAAAAGCAAAUAAAUUUACAAAAUGGGUUUAAAACUUGUUUAGAAAACUUUAAUGAUUUGAGGGAUAAGUAUUUCAAUAUAUUAAAAAUGACAGAAAUCCAAAAUCAAAACUUAAAUGAAGUGAUAUUUGAACAAAAAUCUGUUCAAAAUGAACUAAACAAAUUAUUACGUUUACAAAACAACAUAUCAAAUCAACAAUUAAUCUAUGAAGAUCAAAUUUUAGAGGAAUUUAAUAAUGAAUUAAUCACUGACGGAUUCAGCGUUAGUUAA